AUGAUAGUCGGCGGGCCAGAGGGCGGCGACUCGGCAAACACCCGAAAAGCCUGGGCUCGGCAAUUGUAUGUCGGGACGGUUUAUGGUCGCGAAGAGAGCUCCAAAAAGGUAUGCCGAGAACCCAUCGUGUUCACCGAUAGGGACCUGCCAGCCGGAGAGACCCCGCAUCGAGAUGCGUUGGUCAUCGCUAUGGACAUCAGUGGUGUAGUCGUUCGCCGAAUCCUGGUUGACACCGGGAGUAGCGUCAAUGUGCUAUACCUGGAAACCUUCACCAAAAUGGGGCUGAUUCGAGAGCAGCUGAAUCCUGUCAAAACCCCUCUCGCCGGCUUCACCGGGGACUCGGUGGAGGCGGAAGGGUCGAUCACCCUUCCCGUGGAGAUUGGCAGUUACCCGGAUGUGCAAAAAUUAAACAUGAAGUUUAUCGUGGUAAAUCUGGCCUGCUCGCAUAAUGCCAUACUCGGCCGCCCGGGUUUGGAAGACCUCGGAGCCUUGAUCUCGAUCGAACACCUGUGCUUGAAGUUUCGCACGCCGAACGGAAUAGGAACAAUACGUUGUGAUCGCAAGGUCGCCCGCGACUGCUAUUUACAAGCAUGUAGAGGAAUGGGCAAACGUGAGAUGCAGGUCCACGAGAUUACCGAGAGGCCCCCCAAGAAAACGGUGAUACCUCGCCCCGAGCCGGCCGUCGAGCUAGAGGAAAUCGAGAUUGACCCAGCACAGCCUAGUAGGCGAGUGAGAAUCGGGGUCGGCCUUCGUGAGAAACUAAGGGGGGAAAUCGUGAGAGUGCUCCAGGAGCAUCGAUUGGUUUUCGCCUGGGGCCCGGAGGAUAUGCCCGGCGUGGAUCGUUCGAUUAUAUCGCACCGACUCGCCGUGGACCCGGAGCACCGACCGGUCGUACAGAAAAAACGAUACCUGGCCAACGACCGGAGGGAGUUUGUGAAGAAAGAAGUUAGCACGCUGCUAGCGGCUGGGCACGUCCGUGAGGUUAAGUACCCGGAGUGGUUGGCAAACGUGGUCCUCGUACCCAAGCCCCCAGCGUGGCGAAUGUGCGUAGAUUACACCGAUCUUAACAAGGCCUACCCGAAAGACCCGUUUCCUCUACCUCGGAUCGACCAGUUAGUCGACGAAACGGCCGGGUCGGUGUUGCUCAGUUUUAUGGACGCCUUCAGGGGGUACCACCAAAUAUUUAUGCACCCGGCGGAUGAGGAGAAGACCGCCUUCCUGACACCGGACGGAGUUUACUGUUACCAAGUCAUGCCCUUCGGGCUUAAAAAUGCCGGGGCUACGUACACCCGAAUGGUCGCCCGGCUGUUCCAACACCUGCUGGGGAAAUCAAUGGCCGCGUACGUUGACUAUAUGCUUGUCAAGAGCCGGGAGGAGGACAAGCACGCGGAGGACCUGGCCGACUGCUUCAAGGUAAUGAUAAAGUACAACCUCCGGCUGAACCCCAAGAAGUGCGCGUUCGCUGUCCAAGGUGGCAAAUUCUUGGGCUACAUGGUCACCAAACGGGGUAUUGAGCCUAAUCCGGAGAAAGUACAGGCCAUCAUCGACAUGCAGCCUCCUACCACCGUCAAGGACUUACAAUGCUUGACUGUGCUGUCUACCCCCCAGGUGGGCGAGCCCUUAUUCUUGUACCUCGCCGCCUCGGCCAAAGCGGUGAGUUCGGUAUUGGUCCGAGAGGAGGACCGAGUCCAGCACUCGGUUUAUUAUGUAAGCCGCUCGCUGAAGGCUGCUGAGACGCGGUACACCGCUCUGGAAAAGAUUGUGUAUGCAUUGGUAGUCACCGUGCUCAAGCGGGCACCUUAUUUCCAAGCCCAUACCGUCCGGGUUCUGACAGACCAGCCGCUCGGGAGCGUGCUACGAAACCCCUUGUCCUCCGGCCGACUGGUAAAGUGGGCCGUAGAGUUGACUCAGUAUGGGAUUGAGUACCAACCCCGACCCUCCAUUAAAGGUCAAGCCUUGGCCGACUUCCUGGUCGAAUGUACAGCAGGUGAGGAAGAAAAGGAACACGCCUCGGAGAGUUGCCCGGGCGAGUGGUGGGAAAUGCAUGCGGAUGGAGCAUCGAGUCGACAACACUGUGGAGGCGGUGUCAUGCUCAUCACUCCGGAAGGAUUCCGGCUAUAUUACGCUCUGAGGUACUUGUUCUCUACAUCAAAUAACGAGGCCGAGUAUGAAGCGGUAUUGAACGGCCUCCGACUUGCCAAGGCCCUGGGAGUCGAGCGGCUACGAAUCAAAACUAACUCCAGACUGGUAGUCGGGCAGAUCUCAGGUACGUGUGAAACCAAGAAUGCAAGGAUGGUAUUAUACAAAGAGCGUGCAGCCGAGAUGUUGAAGGAGUUUGAGGCCUACGAAAUAGAGUACAUAUCCGAGCGGACAACGUGGAAGCCGACAUAUUGUCCAAAAUUUCCCUGGAGGGGGUACCGGACCACCUGA